AUGAAGUCGAGGAGAAACAGAAACAUGCUGCUGAAUAUUGUAGCAGAUAUCAGGACUCUCAGGACUCUUCUCCUGCUGUGCUGUUUACUGUGUGAAGCUGGAGACGAGACAGUCACACUGCAGGAAGUGGUAGGAACCACUAUAUCUCUCCAUACUGGGAUAACUGGGAUUCAGAGUGAUGCUCUUAUAGUUUGGUUUUAUGGACCUGAGAAAGCAAAGAAAAUGUUAAUGAACAGCCAGGUGUUUAAAGGAGAAAUUUUUACAGACAUCAGUGAGAGAUAUAAAGAGCGACUGCAGCUGGACAGAAUCAGUGGAGCUUUAACCAUCAGGAACAUCAGCAGAACUGAUUCUGGAAUUUAUUUAUUACAAGUCGUCACUGAACAUCUCUCAUCUAGGACUUUCAGUGUCAGUGUUUAUGCUCCAGUAUCAACUCCAGUAAUAAUAAAUCAAAGAGGAAAGCAAAGUGUCAUUUCCACAGAGUCAUGUUUCCUCCUGUGUUCUGUGGAGAAUGGAGAAGAUGUGAAGUUAUCCUGGUACAGAGAGAAUGAGAGAAUCUCCAUCACCAAUAACACAGAUCUCAGUGUUCCCCUCAAUCUCCCACUUCAAAUACAACACAAUGACACUAACACUUACAGCUGUGUGUCUGCAAACCCUGUCAGCAAUAAAACAACUUCUCUCAACAUCACACAACACUGUGACGUCUCAGACAAAUCUGAUGGUUCUCCUUCACUGCUUCCUCUCCUGAUAUCAGCUGGAGUUUUCCUGCUACUAACAGGAUUUGUGUGUUUGGCUAAAAAAGAAAAACAACAAGCUCCUAAAGAAACUUGAGGAAGUGACUUUCACUGAGGUGACAAUUACAGCUCACAGUGCAGAGAGAGUUUUAAAGG